AUGAUCUCCAAAAGUGGUAGAUACAAAGGAGAAGUUUAUUUCGACCCUUCGGUACGUUUACCGUCAGGGACUUAUCCUGCAUAUCUUCUUUCAACAUCUAAACACCCCUGCACGGUUGAUGAUGAGGAAAGAGAGAGAGAUAUAGGAUCCAAAAGGAAGAUAGAGGUGAUUGAAGAGGAUAACACGGACGAAAUGAGUUACUACGAAUUUUACGCAGGUGGAGAUUUAGGCUCGGAUAAUUUAUAUUGGUAUUCUAAGAAGAGACGUCGAACAACAGGUCAAGAUCCUUCCGUGAUCAUCCGUGAGGGUCAACUGAGGUAUAUCCCGAACAUCUCUACCAAAGCGAUAUUUGAAUUCUUGAAUUCUCUGCUUGUGGGUUAUACGGGCACCAACGACGAAGAAAUCCCAGGAAGAGAAGUGUUGGAGAAGAUCGUUUUCCAAAUAACCCGAUCCGAUAAUGUUGAUUCUCACAUGAUCAGUAAAGCAGUAGGUAGUAGUGUCAGAUGUUAA